AUGAAUGCCUCGUCGCCUCAAAUUCCUCCUCAAACUGUCAGUGUCAGUCAAGGCUCGCUCAGGUCCGAUGUUCGUUCGUUCGAGGCCAAGCAACGCAAAAGCAAAGGCAAGGCACUGUACGAUACCCGUUCACAUGGAUCCGAUGAUAGGACAGGAACUGAACUGGAAGCAACCUGA